AGAACUCCGCUGCUGAGCUCUUCGUCUCUCCUUCUCCCUCCCUCCCUCUCUUUGCUACAGGUGUGAGGAGACCUACACCAGCCAUUCCCACGCGCCUGUCCCUCCUAGCCAUACCCAUUUCAUAGCAUUAAUAAUAUCAUAAUACCGACCUGACAUCAUCAGGAGCAUUACUUAUAUGUGCACUAACACACCAACUUCUGCCGUAUCCUAAGACUCGUGGGCCCAGUCAUCAUCAACUCAAUAGAUGCUGUGUAAGUUUUUAAGAAGUGACAUUCAAGGAAAGGCAGAAUGAAUUUUGACGAAGUCCUGGACCGGAUUGGAGGGUUUGGACGCUUCCAGAAGACGCUUUAUGUGUGGAUCUGCCUGCCACAGAUCUUCUUGGCCUUCCACAUGUUGGUGUCUGUCUUCACUGGGGCUGUGCCCCCUCACCUGUGCAGAUCCGAGGGUGGCGGCCCCAGGCUGGGCUUCAACUUCAGCAUUGCUCCUGGGGAAUCCUGCACAUCCGGUCAGGAUGGCCUUCUGUCCCAGCUUAAUCACAGUCUUCCAAUUACUGAGCAUUCGUCCACUUCAAACGGCUGCAUGGGGGGAUGGGAAUUCAGCAAGGAAGUCUUUCUCAGCACUGUUGUCACAGAGUGGGACCUUGUGUGUGAAAAUGGCACUUUGAACAACAUUGGAUCUUCUAUCUAUAUGUUUGGGCUGCUGGUUGGAGCUGUUCUGUUUGGCGCCCUCUCUGAUAAGUAUGGCCGCAGAAUGAUCAUAUUGAUUGGUUUAGCAGUACAGGCCAUCUUUGGAGUGGGGGUCGCUUUCGCCCCAAAUUUCUACAUAUAUGUCCUGCUUCGCUUUGUGGUGGGCAUGACGAUUUCCGCAGUAAUCAUGAAUGCAUUUGUGUUGGGCACUGAAUGGACGGGCCCAAAAAACCGCAUGUUGGCAGGUGUCAUCACAGACUACUUCUUUGGUUUUGGCUACAUUCUGCUUGCAGGGGUGGCCUAUCUCAUCCGAGACUGGCGUAAGCUGCAGUUGGCCAUAUCUGCCCCAGGCUUCCUCUUCCUGUUCUACAUCUGGGUGCUUCCUAAGUCUGCCCGUUGGUUAAUGGCCAAUAACAAGCAUGAAGAGGCGCUGGAUCUGAUUCGUAAGGCAGCACUUAUUAAUGGCAAACCUUUGGUAGACGAUGACAUUGAGCUCUGUCAGAGCCCUAAAAACUCAGAGAUACAGCAAGAACUGAGGAGGUACACUGUCGUCGAUUUGGUCCGAACACCCAGAAUGAGGAAACAGUCCCUAAUUCUCUUCUACUUGUGGUUUGUGAAUGUCCUGGUGUACUAUGGGCUGUCUCUGAAUAUUUCAGACUUUGGUAUGAAUAUCUACCUGACGCAGAUGAUCUUUGGCUUGGUUGAGAUGCCAGCACGAACCAUUACUCUCUUCACCCUAAACCGCUCGCGCAGGAUAUCCCAGUUAGCAUUCUUGGCAAUAGGUGGCCUGGCCUGCCUUCUUACCAUAUUCAUCCCAGAUGAUCUGUCUAUUGUUCGCACUGUACUUGCCAUGGUGGGCAAGUUUGGCAUCACCGCCUCGUUGUCCAUAGUGUACAUUUACUCAGCAGAGGUAUUCCCAACAGUCAUCAGACAAAAUGGCAUAGGCAUGGGUUCGAUGUGCGCACGGGCAGGCGGAGUGAUUGCACCCAUCAUCUACCUCUUGAGAAACAUCAGCCGUCACGCCCCCAUGGUAGUAUUCGGCCUGUGCCCGCUCGUAGGUGCCGCCCUCACUAUGUUUCUGCCUGAGACAGCACAUAAGCCCCUGCCAGACACUAUAGAGGAUGUGGAGCACAUAAGCACUACGGCUGAGAAGUCACAACACGCUUUGUAUGAAGAGUGUCCCAAACAGAGCCCCGACGGCAUCCUCUGAACUCUGAGCCUACAGCAGACUGUUUCCAAAGAACAGAGACUUUUCAAUGUGUCUUUUCCAACCAUUCUCUCCAGGAGGACUUGAACAUGAAGUGCAAUCUUAGAAGAAAAAAAAAGUAUAAUGCUAAAAAUAAAAGCUGAAUAGUACAUCUUUGUAGUUGAUUUACCCCUUAAUGGAACAUACCCUAGUAAAAAACUAAUACAUUUAUUUAAUAUGAAGUAUACAGUAGUUCAAACCUAUAAACAUAUUUACUGACAUAUAAGACGUACUGAUAUAAAAAAAUAUAAUUAAACUUUAUUUGGAGUACUACUUGUGCAAAAUGCACAUUGCUUAAUGUUAAGCUUAAAAUAUUUCUCAAUUUAAAAAUUGUAAGAAAAGUACAAUUGCAUGGAAUUUUUAUUAAAUACAUAAAUGUAAAUAUAUUUGUAGUAUGCUUAGCAUGAAUUAUUAUUAUUAGCUUUUUUUUUCAAAUACAUUUAAGAAUAUCUAUUUUCUUACUAGGUUAAUAGUGCCUUAAAGGUACAUAUCAUUACUUUACAAGUACACAUUAGUCCCUAAAUGGAACAUAUCAGUACCUUUUAAAAGGGUACUGCCCCAGUGACAGAGAUCUGUCCAUUUUAUUUCUGAGGCUACGUUCACACUGCAGGCUGAAACGACCCAAUUCCGAUUUUUUUGCCCCUAUGCGACCUGUAUCUGAUCUUUUCAUGACAGUCUGAACGACACAGAGCCGAUCUUUUCAAGGUCCCGUUAUUCGCACUUUUUUGAAGCUUUGAUUGUGUUUACAGUGUACAAUAAAACAUGUGUUCAUGUUUCACGUGUAAAAAAACACAGUAUUUUUCACACAAUUCACCUAUCUGUAUACCACUGGUUUCACUUUCAUUAAAACGGGCUGAUCUCUUCCUUGUUCUAUGAAGCCUCUCCUUCAGAAAUACGUAACGGGUUCUGAUUGGGCCAGCGGUUCCUGUGCUGUGAUUCGACAGCAGCUGAGCUCACACUGCCCUCCUGGUAACGUGAUUGGGCUAGAACGCAUGUGCUGGAGAUGUAUUUAUAGUCACAGGAGCGUUUUUACUGACGAGAUGCGCAUGAAAACCGCAUUCGUUUUUUUGCAGAGCCCUAACAUCUAGUUAACAAAGCUAAACAGCUUUGCCCUUUGUGUAAUAAGUUACAGAAACUGUUAAACGUACC